AUGCCACGAUGGCAGACUGCCGUAUUGAUUGGCCAUACUACUUUCCUGACGACUACCCACGCCGUUGUUAUUCAACAUGAAGCUGUUACUUCUGAUGGUUCUAGUUAUAUCAGUGGCCCAAUUGAGUGCUGCUCCUGGUGGGAUUGUGGGUGGGUCCUACAUCAGUCCUGGUGGAAGUCCUCUCGUGCAGCAGCCAGGUGGACAAAGUGUGAUGUUGACAGGCCCUUCUGGAAUAGUUGUCCGUGGUCUGGGGCUACAGAAAUGACGCCGAGGAAGAACUCCGGAGAUGCUGACAUCAAGAGAAUGAAAUAA